GUUCCCACCCAGAGAAAUCAAAAGACAGAGUCGAGGAGAUCGGAAGAGUAUAUUUGGCGAUAACCAAUAUAUCGGAAUUCGCUGAUCUAAUCUGGCUAGCGAUUGCGGUUGAUGUUGAGCACGGCGUUACCACACGUGAUCUGGUGCGGAUGCCUGACCGAGCGCCUUCAGCUAGAUGAGUCCACUAAAACAUAUGGUCAGCAUCCAAUGUCGAAAACUUACAGAGCUAUUUAUUUUGGGGAUUUAUUUUACGCUACAGCACUAUCAAAUCACAUUGGAGCAUAGCAUAAUGGCGGGAAGAGGUAAGGCCGUCCAACCAAAUUGUUGGCUCUUUUUCGUACUGACAUCGUAAAUCUCCUUAUGAGGUGGAAGAGACGAGUCGUUCAGUUCUUUCCCUAUUAGUAGGCUAAAAAUAUACUUCUGAAAUUGUAAAUAUGAUCAAGCAGUGGACCUAACUCCCAAACAAAAAACCCACAACUUUUAUCGUAAUUCAAGUUAAUAGAUAAUGGAUUAUCCCUCUUCACCUCCUGUAUAUCAGUCCCUCUUUCCUGACAAAUCUGAAAACAAACUGAAUCCAAAUGAAAUAGUUGGAUCUACGCGACUAGAUUCAGAAGAUCUGAAUAAAUCUGAUUCCAGUGAAAAUGGGUUAGAUGCAGAAAAGAAACCAAACCCUACAUAUACAGUUGAAGAUGCUGUGGAGGCAGCUGGUUUUGGAAGGUUUCAGUUGAAGCUUUUCAUUUUAUGUGGAGCCAUAUCGGCUGCAGAUGCGAUGGAAAUGCUACUGCUUUCAGUACUUGGUCCAGCAUUACGAUGUUAUUGGCUUCUGUCGUCAGGACAAGUCGCUGCCAUAACCACAGUAAGUACGAGUUACCUCUUUAAGAAUUUCAGAAAAGUUACAAGCUUAUUCGCUUUUUAAAGUCCUCUGUACGUUGGUGGACUUCAAGAGGAAACCAAACCAACUACGGUUUUGUCUUAUGAUCGCUUCUUCAGUAUUGCUGAACAUCUGUUUUUUAGCUAAGAACUAAUAUUUACUGAUUCUGAAUCAAUGGGAUAGAAAAUAAAAAUACCGGGAUGUCUUAUUCCUACUGACGGAAGCGAGUGUUUUCAAAUUGUAAGAUUCGUGUUGUUUUUGCCGGGUUUUUAUUUGGAGCUCCUUUAUGGGGUUUUAUCGCAGAUAGAUUUGGUCGUUGGCCGACUUUAUUGAUUGUUUUAUCAAUGAUAACUUACUUCGGCAUCAUCACAAGUUGUGCCCCCACUUAUAUUUGGGUCAUAAUAUUACGACUUCUGGUCGGAUUCGCUAUUGGUGGUGGAAAUAGCAGCUUCACGUUAUUCUCCGAAUUUCUGACCGUUAAGCAUCGGGCCAAAGUUCUGUUAGCUUUCAAUAUAUUCUGGGCUUUUGGAAGCACAUUUGAAGUUGGUUUGGCAUACCUUAUUCUGCCAAGAUUUGGCUGGCGAUGGCUGGUGUUUGUUUCAGCCUUACCACUAUUGAUUUUCUUAUUUUUAUUGAGGGUAAGAUACCAUUUUAUCUAAAUUUGAGAUAUAUUUAUUUCAGAUUUUACUAAAUUGAUCAGCAUUCAUUAAACUCGUAUUGUGAGUAAUCAUGUGACUGGUUAUUUCUUCUUGAAGUUAUCUAGAUUGUGAUUCUUUUGUUGAAACUUUGAGUUUCCUGCUGUUUAUCUUUGAAAUAGAAUGGGUCAGUCUCUGUUAAUGUCUUAGGAAUCAAUCAAUAGUGCGAAAUUUCAAACUCUAAUGAAAACUUACCUGUUGAACGAACAGUAGCUCUGGUGGUUCACUAAACUUGAGAAUAAUACCCUAGUGAGUGAAGCGAUGGAUAUUAGUUUCGAAAUAUGUCCUGAUUUUCACUAACUGCUGAGUCAUAAACAAGAUAUAAGUACAAACAUUAUUAAAGUAUCUAGUCAGUUAGUCGAAAACUAACAGAGAUUGACCAGUUUAGUCCUACAAAUCUCUAACAAAAAGUGUAGUAACCAGUUAGCAUUCAUUUUUUUAGUACAGGUUGUGAUAGAUAAAUGAUCUUAUAUGACGAAUUUCUUUAAUAUUACAGCAUAGAUGUUCAAAUCCUUGAUUUACUAGAAAUUCGUUCAGAAUUGGGAACAAUAUUCAUUGUGAAAGAUCACUGGGAGCUGACAGAUAGUAAAUGCAUAUUUUCAUCUUAAUUAGUAAGCCUGAACGACUUUCAGAAUCUAAUCAUUCUUAUAGUAACUUGUCGAGAACUAAUUAAUUAUUCGUAAAUUCAUUCAGGUCCUUAACGGAAAUUGUAUUAUACAAGGCAAACAUCUUCACAAAACUGCGAAACGGUCAUUACUACUAAACAGUAGGUAACUUCCAUAAAAAAAUAAAGAAAUCAUGUAAAAUUAAAAUAAUUCUUUCCAAAUUCAUCUGGUUAGUGAUAACAUAAUGACAAUUAAAAAAGUCUAAUUUCAUUUGCUAACCAGUGGCAUCACCCAAACCAAUAUAGGAUACUUUUCCAUUAAUUCUCUAACUGAUUUUUUCAUCCCUGUAAAACCUUGAAUGAUCUAUACAUAAGUUAACUAAUCUCUCUAAUAAUUUACAGUUUGGUACUGUAUUUCGUAAAUUUAUAUCAUACACUUCAGUGGUAUUAUUGAUUGAUGGUCAAUAAAUUAUCGUGUGCAAAAAAUAUAUUAUAAAUCUAAUUAACACUCUCAUGGUUGAUUAUAUUUUUUAUUCCCACCUUGAAGUAACCUGAUUUUCUAAAUAUCAGUGCUCUGUAGUUAUAUGCGCUUGUAAACUUUUAUUUGUGUUGAAUCAUUACCUCAGGUUAUCCCAUUCGCUAAAUUACUUUAAAAUUCUCCUUCGUAAUAUUUUCAAAUAUUAGUUUCUGCCUGAGUCUCCAAGAUAUCUUGUUGGUGCCGGCAAAACUGAAGAAGCUGAACAUAUUAUUGCAGAUUUGUUCCGUACGAAUCGGGUUGUUCCUCUUAGGGGUACUCUUGUAUCAUCCACUGUACCUGUAAGUCAAAAACCAAACACUUCUGUUGUAUUGUUUCGUAUAAUUACGUGCGUAUAAAUGCGUGCUAAACUCUAGUUGGUAUUUGUAAUUGGCUUUGCCCUUUGGUAUCAUAUCGGCAUGCAUGUUUAUUAAGUGCUCGAAUUUUGUUGGUCUGACAUUAUAUUGAGUAUGCAUUUUAUCAUAAUAUAUUUCCUUCAAUUUUGUGAAAUUAUUACUAUGUUCGCCCUCACCAUGAACUGACGUAUGCUGUUUUGUUCUAGGUUGAAAACGCUACACCUAAUCUAAAGCGAGGGAGAACAGCGGGCUCUAAAAGAUUAACCUGGAGGUCAUUUAGAAUGGUGGUCCAGUUUUGGCAGUUAGGUUGAUUGAGAUAUCUGAAUUUCGGAGGCUAAACAUAAUCUCAUCUAGCUGGUGUCGAUCCCUGAUGGUCCCAGUUUGUAACAACAAAAAUUAUCCUUUGAUGAUCACAGGGGAAUCAGUUUGACCAAUGUAUUGUAAUAAUCAUCCGAUGCUUAACUAAAUUCCAUAAAAAGCAAACCUACGAAAACCCAGUUGGUCUCGAACCUGGACGUGGAUAUGUAGACAAAAUAUUUACUCUUCAUCAGGUUUUAGAAUAUGGAUAUAUAUACGGAUGCCUGACGACGGUUAUAUUUCUUGACCUUAAGGCAGCAUUUGAUUCCGUAGAUAGAAAUAUUUUGUGACAAUGUCUGUCAUUGAAAAGCACCCCAAAGAAGCACAUCAUCCGUCUUCAGGCUCUUUACAAACUACUCUAUUGGUCGAGUCAAAGCUAAUGGCGUGCUGUCAACUUCAAAUAGUGUUCGCCGGUCCCCCCCCGUUUCGUUUAGUUUUUUCAUAGAUAUCCUCUUAGAAAUAACACUUCUCUCAUCUAACUUUUCCUACCAAACAUUUUGUUCAUCAGUUUAGGAUGGGCACAUAAUGAUAGUCGUGUUUGGUGAAGAUUCUGAUAAAAUACAAGAUUCUGCAUAUUGGGGAUGCGUGUCUUCCUCUUUAAAUGAUAAAGGGUUGAUCUGCGCCAAUGCCUAAACUAAUGACAAUGAGCAAAAUGGUUGAGUGCGUUGACCACUUCACUUACCUUAGAAGUCUCACCAUCCCUCAUUGAAACAUAUUUUCAACAUUAGUCCAUCCCCCACUUUGCGUUGCAUCGUUGAUGCGCAUUUUUCUUCCUCAUAACUAUCUUGACUACAUAGUUCACAGCUUCCCAUUAGAACAAUUGCUAUUAAGGGGGUUUUGUACAGAUUUCUGUAUUAUUUGUAGGUGAUUUUCGUCACGCACAAACGUCAGUUUUAAGAAUUUCUGGACUCGAACCAAACGCCUGUCCAGUUUUAUCUUAUUCCCAUAGGUUUACUUGCUAUUAUCUAUCUCUGAUAACAACUUCCUCAAAAUACGAAAUAUAUUCAUGAAACCAUUCUACCGAAAAUUAUUAUCCUAUUUAGUUUACAACUGGAUAGUCAACCUUGUUCAGACUUUCUUUCAAUAGAAUAGAAUAUAUCAAAGUCUAAUCUAUGUGUUUUUGUUGCUGUAAACUGCUGUUACACCAAAAACACAAUGUUUCUUUAAUCAUGACAAAUGUUGUUGAGUGCUUACCUGCUCUGUGAUCUAUCAAGAUGGUAUAAAACAUGUACAUAAAAGACUUUCGAGUCUUUUUUCCAAUUCAUAUCAAAUUAUUAUGACUCUUGUUAAUAUAAACUUCUUACUUUCCAGACGAGACUUUAGAAUCGCCGUUGUGUUUAUGUUAUGACUGUGAACUGCAGAUUAUAGCGAAGCGUAUUAUCGAUCGGACCAACGGCACGUAAAACAUGGGCGAGCGACCUAGAGUUCUGAUUGGUCCCACUACCCUGUCUAGCCCAGCCAGUUGAGUCCAGAACACAAGUCUCAGCCUCUGAGAUAUGAAUCAUUAUAUUUCAAACAUACUCUGUUUAUAUACCAAUCAAGCAGACCACAUCGUACCAUAAAAUAGAAAAUAACAUUUUACAAUAUUGACCGGUAGGAAAAUGACACGUGAAAUAAAUAUUGACCAAUAAGAAAAUGAUACCAUCUCAAGUCCAAAGGAUAGCGUUAGACUUCACAAAAUAAUUUUUGGCAUAUUUUUCUGAAUAUCCCAACAGUUUAACCUUCAACAAUUUAUUGAAGAAUCAAGUCCCAAACUUCAGCAAGAGGAACCCAUGUCUUAAUGGAAUUUCAAUUAGCAAGGAGCUUUUUACUUGCCAUCCAUUUUAGUUUAUGGCACUGUAGUUAGUACUGCCUUUCUAUCGAUUCAAUAUGUAUUAUAAUUCUCUUUUCUUUGGUUGUUUAUUAAACGAAAUCCACCUUUUUUUUCCAAAGUACAUAUCUAUUAAUUCCUUUAGCUUCUUCAAAAUCGAUUCAAUGUCAGACAUAAGUAUUGUGAUUUGUUUAUUCACAUAAUUUUCUAUUUACCUACUGCUUUUCCAUGUUUAAUUUGUGAUAAAUAUAUUUAUGAAGCCACCAAAAGAGUGGCCUUGAAUACGAUCAUUAUCUUUCUUUCUAUUGACUUUUUUUUAUCACUUGUUUCGCAACAAUGACAAACUUCAGGUAGAAGACUUCUACACUUCAAAAAGUUAUUUCUAUCCAUUAGAUCUUAAUUAACUGCCUUGCAUACACAUAUUUCUACAAGUGAAUAAAAAAGACCUGCAGUUAAGAUCUCUGCCUGUAAGAUUCUAAAAUUUUCAUAUUUUCUUGGAUUUUUUUUAAGACGUUAACUACACUUACACUGUUGUCCAAGUGAAUUUUGAAAGAUUCAAAAGAGGUCCUUAAAAAUGAUAUUUUACACUUAUAAACUAUGGUAUUGAUCGGAGGAUGCCCCAGUCGGUUGUUGCUGUAAUUCUUAAUCAGACAGCUUAGUGGUUGAAGCAAUCAGUUCUCAACCUGUUGGUCACUUGUUCGAACCCAGUGUCACUUUAGUUCGGGUAGCUGGGUUACAUCACUACCCUCUACAUAUAAGUGGUGUGACCCAAAAUCGAGUUCAUGAAACCUGUACUUAUUGAACGUUUCACGUCAUCAUUAAUUACGAAACGUUAGUACAGAAAUUAUAAAUAACGCCGAAGUAUGCCGAAGAGAAAAAAAUGAUGGACCAAUCAAAAUAUCUUUAUCACUUGUCUCGAGAUAGGCGAUUUGUUUGUGGCUGCAAAACUAUAGUUUUGAUUGACCUCACAUAAAGUCUUCAGCAGCUAAUUUCUGCAAUCUGAGAGUUAGUUCAUUGUCCUACAUUUCUGUGCACACUUUAGACAGGAAGUCUAGAACCGGGUGUAUCUAUUCAGCUUGUUAAUCCAACCAUCUCCAAUCUUUAUUCACCAUAAUUCCACUUGUGUUAUCUCUUUAUGUCGAGAAAUGUACUUGAUGCUUAAAAUAAAACAUACCAAUUCUUAAUCAAUGUAGUAUUUGUUAGUUUUCAUUCGUAAUGAGAGUGUUUUGCUCCCAUUAUUUACUAGGUUUUCUUAUCCAUGUUUCUAAUGAGAGAAAUUCCAGUUAAAUCGGAGUAUCUCCAUCAUUUAGGCGUACAGCAUUAUGAAAUUAUUGUUAUCAUUAUUAUUCAUGGUUUUAUUAAAUAUCAUGUGUUGUACAACAUGGACUUCUCAACACAAAAUAUUUCGAUAACUUUCUUUUACAAAACAAAAAAGUCAAUAGGUGCACACAUAUACAUGAAAGUAGUAUAUAAACUACCUGAAAUUAAGUUUCUUUUUAAUACAAUAAGAAUCUAUACAUGUUUUUAGUUGGAAACAUGUUUAAGAAUACAAGUUUUUGUCCAAGACAGGUUUUACAACGUGUUCGUCUCAUAGUAUAUUUGAUAGAUACGGUAUUUUAGAGCCUUUAUACCUUUGCUUGCGUCCAUGAUUUCUGAUGUAUUGACGUUUCAUUCUACCAGAAAAUUCACAAGAAGAAAGAUAUAAAUGAAAUGGAUGAUUAUUAUCGCAUAAGAUAACAUCUGUCAGGAGUUCGCAAGAUUUAAAUUGUCCAUCCACAACUAUAUUCAUCAUGACUUCAAAAGAUUCGCCACAUGCCUUGCUAACCCCCUUCAGCACUCCGCAACACAACAAAAUCUUUUCUAAAAUACCCGGAAGGGAGUGGUUUCAAACAGUAAAGUACGAUAGAUAGUAUUCAAGAACUUACAAAUCGUAAAAGUAAAUGUCAAGUAAUGCCAAAAGUAUGUGGUCUCUAUAAAAUAAGUCAAACGGAAAAUUUUCUUCGAUAUCAAUAAAACAUGAGAAGCUCAAGAGAGAUCAAAGGAAAAGUUUACGCUAAGAUAUUACAAACUUAAUGGGACUCCAAAAUGGUAUUUGAGUACUGCCCAUGUUCCAGGCUAAAAUUAGUAGUUUGACACCUAAAAUAAUCAAGUGCAAGACCAUUAGAGACAUACCAUCGUCCAAUGAGAGACAAGAAUUCUUUCAUUUCAAGGGGAAGUGAAGAGGCAGAAAUGGAAUAAGACCACUAGCAUACGUAAUAAAGAAUGUUCCAUAGGGAAUCUCAGAUCAUAAAGAAAAAAUGAAGAAAGAACAGAGAAAAGGGUAACUCCUUGUGGCGCAUCUUGAAUUAGUAGAGACGUUGAAGACUUUUCUCCAAGCAUGGUACACUGUUCUCUUUCGAACAGGUAAGACAUACCCAGAUAGCUGUCGGUGUUGACGCUGCCAAACUUGUUUGGUGGUAGUGUUCUCGAAAGUAAUAUAGUCUAGAAAUGUUCAUGAAACACAUUUCUUACCCUUUCCCAAACUAAGCGCUGUAUUAUGCUGCAGAACAACAGCAGCAUCUAAGGUACUUCUUUUGCAUUUGUAAGCAAACUGAUAUGCGUCAAAAUACUGUUUUAAUGCAGGUUGAAGUGGGAGCAAUAAUGAACUAAGUGUUGUAACUAAAUUUGACCAAGCUAUUUAUAGGACGACUUGAAUUCUUUCUAAUAUUGAUUUAGUCGUUGUGAUAAUCACCAGAAAUUAAGUAACAAAUGAAAACGGAUAAAGACUAAGUGAGUUUAUCUACAUUUAAACUAGUUUUGAUUUUAGUGAAAAAUACAUUAGUAUUUGCAGGAGUUCGUAUUACAUUUUUUGAGAUGGAACUUUAAGAACUCCAAUUAUAGUCUCAUAAGUGAACGAACAUAAUAAUAAUUGCACUGGUCGUCCCAAUCCGUAAAAUAUUCAAGUUGAAUAAAUUAUAUUCCUCCAAUUCGGGUUCACUUUUUAUCAGGGUUGUUUUGCUCAGAUGAAUGUAUCAAUUAUUUAUGCUAACUAAACAGAUCAUUAUCUUUUCAUCUGUUUUAUAGAUACGAGAUAGAGGCAGUAUAAAAGGAAUGUUUGGGAAAACCUAUUUAGUGACUACACUAAUGUUGCCGAUUGUAUGGUUCAGUGCAGCAUUUGUUUAUUAUGGUGUCGUUCUAUUAAGUGCUGAAAUAUUUCGCUUCAAGCACUCUUGUUUUGGUAAACCUAUUCUAACCCCAGACUAUCAUGGUAACCUGAGCCAUUUUAACGUCCCACCACUUCUGGAAACUUCAAGCCAAAUAGACAACUUUUGUUGUAAAGAGUUGUCUGAUGAUGAUUAUGUCGCUAUGUUAGUCUCUUCAAUUGGUGAAUUUGUUAGUAUACCAUUAAUGAUUUUCAUGGUCGACUUAGCUGGAAGAAAGAUUACUUUGGCUACGUGGAAUGGACUUAUAGCUGUUCUGUUUAUGUUACUUUAUCUUUGUAUGCCUAAGUCAGCCUUAACAGCUCUAUUAUUUGUUUUGCGCGCUUUGUCUGCCGGUUUAUUUAGUUGUGCAUACGUUUACACAACGGAGGUCUAUCCUACAACUGUUCGUGCAGUAGCUGUCGGGAUGUUCAGUUCGAUUGCCCGAUUGGGUGCAAUGGUCACACCUUAUGUAGCUCAAGUAAUGAUGCCAGAAGUGUCGGAAAUUGGAGCUUUAUCUUUAUAUGCCUCUGUAACCCUGAUAGUCUCAAUUGUAUCCCUUUUCCUACCAAUAGAAACAAAAGGGCGUCAGCUACCUGUAUGUUUUAUAUAUUAUUUUUCGUUGCUUAGUUCUUUACAUACGAAAAUUAGUUUCAUAUUUGACCUUAACCCCAAGCAACUUGUUGAAUAAUAUACCAAGGUCGUUUGUGUAUGGUAAUAACUACUGUUCAUUUGUGUGUGUGUGUGUGUGUGUGUACACACUGAUUACUCGAUGAGACAGACUGCUAACAUUGAAUAUUUACAAUAAAGUACUCAAUUUAAAUGACGGUUCACGUGGUAACUAGGUGAAGAAACUGUAAACAACUCUUCUGUUUUUUUCAUAUAACUACCUGUCAUAAUGUGUAUGGGAUUCCUUUUUUUCUGAAACCAGCCUACCCUGUGUAAAGGAGAAAGGUUGGUCAUAAGCUCAGCAUCCCCAUCCCGUAGAAGACAACCUUGCUAAAAAAAAUUCUAACCACAAUAAACGAUUUGAACCAUUUAAACUGCCCUGGAUGUUAAAGCAUCUUUAUUCAAAAAAAUUAUGACGCCUCAUGGGGAAAACCGAUGCUUCUUCUAACAACCAGAGCAACAAUUAAUAUAGGUACAUGGAAUGUUCGGACAAUGUGAGAGGCCGGCAGGACUAAUCAAGUAGCUACGGAAAUGAGGAGAUACAACUUGGAGGUGCUCGGAAUCAGUGGUACCCAUUAGACCCAAGCUGGACAGAAAACGUUAGAUUCGGGAGAGAUGCCCCUCUACUUUCGUCAUGAAGAAGAAAAUAACUCGCACACUUAAGGAGUUGCGCUGAUGCUUUUUAAAGAAGCACGUUAUGCACUUAUAGGAUAGGAAUCUCAUGUACCCAGGAUCAUCCACAUCUUUCAAAACAAGGCAGGAAGGAAUCACAAUGAGUGUUUUCAGUGUUACGCGCCCUUCACUAAUAGUAACGACAAUGAUAAAGAUCACUUCUACGAGAGGCUGCAAUCGAUUAUAGCGAAGUGCUCAAGAAGAGACCCGACCAUCCUGAUGGAAGACCUAAACGCCAAAGUCUGAAUGGACAACACCGGGUAUGAAGAUAUCAUGG